AUGGCCGGGUUGGAGGAGGACCUGACCUGUCCCGUCUGCCUGGGCAUUUACAGCAAACCCGUGUCCCUGAGUUGCGACCCCGCGAUGGAGCUGCAGCCCAACGUCCAGCUCCAGAGCAUAGUGCAGAAGUUUUUGGAUGCUCCCACUCAUCAAGAGGAGGAAGAGUGUGAAGUGCAAUGCAAAGAGAAGGGGGAAGGUUUGGGCCAGCAAGACAAGGUGAUCCUGUGUGAUUUCUGCCUUCAGGAGCCCCAGCCAGCCAUGAAGACCUGCCUGAACUGCGAGGCCUCCCUGUGCCAAGCCCACCUGAGCAAGCACAGCACCAAGAGCCCCCUGAAAGAUCAUGUCCUGGUGGAGCCCUGUGACACUCAGGUUUUGGCUGAGAGAAGAUGCCCCCAGCACAGCAAACUGCUGGAGUGCUACUGCAAGACGGACUCGGUCUGCAUCUGCAUGCUGUGCUGUGUCACCAGCUGCCACAAGCACCACACGAUCACCACUUUGGAGGAGGCUUUUCACGACGCGCAGAGUGAUUUUUCUGAAACUCUGAAAACAGUGAAAAACCACGAAGCUGCGCUGAAUCAAAGCAUAGCAAACCUGCUGAAACAAGAGGAGGAAGUAAAGACUAAAGAGAGCCUGUGGAGGAAUCGGCUGGAGAGCCUCUUCGAAGAGAUGCGUCUGCAGCUAGAUAACAAAAAAGAAAAGGUCCUGAAAGCUCUCAGUCACAACAAGGAGCAACAGCUUUCUCAGAUUCAGAUGCAGAUACAGAAACACGAAGAGGAGAAGCAUGCAGCCAGCCAUGAUGUACAGGAGCUGGAGGCUCUGAGAGAUCAGAAAGACAUACUUCUUUUCAUCAAGGUGCCUAACAGCAUCUCCCUUCCCAGAGGAAACGCAAGCCAGUUCGUAACCAAGUUGGUGUAG